GAGAGAGAGAGGGAGAGAGAGAUCCCGCCUGGCGGCCUGGGUGGGUUAGUGUGUGUUUGACCUGUGUGAAGGAAGGUUGUGUUGUGUAUGUGAUCACUUAUGUGUGUAGUGAAGGGGUUAGCUUUCAUAGCCCCAACCCAUACCAUGGGAUGAGGGAAAGAAAAUUACCUCUAAGAACUGUACUUCAGAAUUUCAUUAACCAUGUGGAUACCUUAGAGGCCAAACGGACCGGAGGAGAUGAUUUAUACGAACAGCAGUUUCAGGAACUUAAGCUCCUGACAGAGAGCCUGAAAGGGAAACCUGAUUAUUGCUGUCUCGAAGGCGAACGGGAUGUCAACCGAAGGAAGAAUCGGUACAAGGACAUCUUACCAUAUGACUACACCCGUGUAGCUUUGAGUUCCUACCCCGGCGUGCCCGGCAGUGAUUACAUCAAUGCCAACUACAUCAGGGGCGCCAGUGGCUCCAAGGCGUAUAUCGCCUCCCAGGGGCCACUGCCACACACGACCCAUGACUUCUGGCGGAUGGUGGUCGACUGUGAUGUCCAGGUCAUUAUUAUGGCCUCUAAUGAGACCGAAGGAGGGAAGCACAAAUGCGAAUGUUAUUGGGUCAAUGCAGAGAAUGAGGAGAAGCAGUUUGGCAAUGUCACAGUGUCGUACGUUAAAGCUCGUCAGGUUUGCCCGGAUUUCAAGGUGCGAACUCUGAAGAUAAAGUAUACAUCGGAGUCUGGGAAGAAAGAAGAACGAACAAUAUGCCAGUUUCAUUAUGUACUGUGGCCGGACCAUGGAGUACCAGACACCGUUCGACCUUUGCUGGACAUGGUGCGGAUGGUACGCGACUGUCAAGCAUCGGAAACACUACCAGUUCUUGUGCACUGCUCAGCGGGCUGUGGCAGGACAGGAACUAUUUGUGCCAUUGACUAUGUUUGGGGUCUUCUGAGAGCUGGGCACUUGACAGAAAAUCUGAACUUGUUUGGAUUAGUGAAAGACAUGAGGCGACAACGAGUGGCAAUGGUUCAAACAAGAGAACAAUACAUUCUUCUCCAUAGAGCAGUCCGUGAAUUGUUCAAGGAACGUUUGAAAGUUAUUGAUGCCCACCCAUACGAAAAUAUUGCAACUGACGGAACUCCACUUAUUUUACGAGAAAAGGAUAGCGAUUAUGAAGAACUGUAUGUGAAGCCAGAAAAGCAAGAUGAGAGUGCCAAGUCAACUCCCCCCACAACUGCCCCAAGCGUUGUAUCUACUCCAACAGGAUCUCUUACUAGAUCUCCCCAAGUGCAAGGAACCAACAAUAAUAGCUUAGCCAGUAGCUCACCUAUGAGUACCUUGGAUCGGUCAAUACCUCCACUUCCACUGAAGCUCUCCAAACCACCACCUCCAAGCAAUUUUCACCCAUAUUCUGGAGGCCCCCACUGUUCACCAGUUCCACAGCCUUCACCAAGUCAUAAUCAUGCAUCUCCAGUGCCACAACCAACACCAGUGUCCCAUCCCACCCCAAACCAAGCCCAGUACAGUUCUAUAAGCUCUUUAUCUACAUGCCUUCACCAUCCCUCAUCUGUAAAUGCUCAUUCUUCUCCUACACCACAAGUAUUAUCAAGUCAGGCUUCUCAUGUUUCCUCAAGUAGCAAAGUAUGCAGUCUUCCAUCUUCAAAACUUGAAAAAGAAGCUGAAAAUGCCGCUCAUAAAAAACAGGUAGCACUACCUGCUGUGCAUUCCCCUGUAGUGGGAGUUGCACAGAGAAUUUUGAUAUCACCAGCAUCAGGAAGUCCUCAGCCUUAUCCGUCAAAUACUGUUACACCUUCUGUCACUCCAAAUACUACUCCAACACCCAUUCAUGGUAUAGUUGGAAAUACAUCAUUAUUGCCUGCUCCACCUGCAAGAAGUAGAACACCAUCACCCAGUAUGACACACAGAAAAUCAUAUGAGAAUCAAAUUGAUGUACACACCUCAAUACCUGAUAAUUACCAGUUAACUGAUGAGACUGCCAAGAGUUCUGAAAUAGUUCGGAGACCAAGUAUUGCAAAGCUCAAGGAAUUGUUUGAAAAAGCAGGAGAUGUAGAAACACCUGGAGUCAGAUUAUCUAGGAGUGCCAGUAGUGUAACAUCAAGAACAAGCCUUAGUGUUCAUCAAGAUCCUGAAUGCAGUUCUAGAGUUAAGCGGAAGAGUAGCCUCGGAGCUGAAGAGACUUUGCAGUCAAAGAAGGCAUACGAGAUCAUUGAGAAAUCCCGCAAUUUGAAUGUAUGCCCUCCUCCACCAUGUGAAAUGAUAAAACCAGUGUCUACAGCCCCAGUAACUGUUGUGAGUGCUGCAAAGCCACCUUCUAGUCCAGUCUAUACAAGUCCCGUUACUCGUAGAAAAGGAAAUUAUAUAUUAGGCGAUUUUCAAGAAGAUGGCUCAACAUCUGCUUUGCUUGCAAGAGUAGAUGAUCGACCAGCUCUUCCUGUAAAGAAGAGCAAGUCUUUCCGAUAUGCUAGAGCCAUAGACUCUUCUACUAAUACCAUUGCCUCUACUAGAAGUCCAGAACUUGUUAGGAAAAAGGCCGAUAUUAACACUUACUUUAGUCUUGAUAGAGGCAAGGGAGACAAUAUUGCUUUAAGUAAAAGUGAAAGUGGAAAUGUGAAUUUCAUAGGUGAUAUUCCAUCUCCAAGAGAAGGCUUUAAAUUGUCUGUGUACCAGAUGCCUAACUCUGCCACAGCAUCUCAGUCUACCAUUACUAGUAAUGCAAAGAAUACAGCCGACAUAAAGACUGAACAGCGACCACAAAUCCCACCAAAAAAGUUGAUUGGAGAACGGUUCAGGAGCUCUCGACCUCCUGAGAGCUUAUACAUUACUACACCACAGCCAUAUAUCCCGAUAACAGGAUCUUAUUCGAGUGCAGCCCCUCAUACUCCUCAGUCUGCACCGCCUCUUAUUUCAUCUGCAUAUGACAGUGCAUCAGUUUGGAAUCGCAGCCAAGACAUUCAUGGUGAUAAGUCAAUUUAUGAUUGUCCAAAAGAUCUCCACACUACUUCUAACAGUGAUUAUGAUAACCUUCCUCCAUUAUCUGCUGGACAGUCAAACAUAAACAACAGGAUCGCCAUUACAGGAUCAUUAUCAGAUGUUAAAUUAAGCACAUCUCUAACAAAUCCUGUUACUCUAGAGGCAUCCAGGGAUGGUACUGCUAAGGAAUAUGUGAAUGCUAGAGUGGUAAGAAAUCCUAGUAGUGAUUCAAAAGAUGUGACAAAGUAUGUGUACCAUCCGCUACCUUCCAAGAGGGGCUUACGUGACAACAGAGUCCCUCAUGAGUAUGCUAAUUGUACUUUGAUAAGCUCUUCACAACACACAGAGAAUCUUGAGGGAGAAGAGCCAACAGACCUUUAUAUGGAUCCUCAGCUCUUACGAAAAAGUUCAUUAGGUAAAUUUCCUCUUUAUGAUGAUGUGCUAUCUGAAAACAAAGAAGAUGGAAUAAUUGUUAAAUCUCCUUCAAAGGAAAACGUAUCAUCCACAUUAUCUGCAGCUACAACCCCAGGUUCUGCUACUACUCCAGGAUCUGCAACUACUCCAGGAUCUGCAGAUUAUGAAGUUAUGGACUUUGGGGAAUCAAGUGCAAGUGUGGAUGAAGUUUUUGAAACGGUCAAUUAUGAACUUGUUGGUGCUAAGGAUAGAAAAAGCCACAAAAGUGCUGACAGUAAACUCUGCUUUGAAAUUCUUAAAGAUAUAUGCUCUAAAAAGGAUUUAGACCCUAUUGCUAGACAAGUAUAUCAGGACUGUCAAGAUUAUCUUCUCCAUGGUAACAAUAAAUCUCCAGUACCUUCUCUUAUGCCAAAGGUCACUGACAAAGAAUCCAAGAAACUUUCUAAACCGUCUGAAGUAUCAAAACAAGUUAACUCAUCGCUUGAUAUUAGUAUGGAUGUCGAUGAAGUGAAAAAUAAAGUUAACGUGGCUCCUCAAGGUCUACGAACAAGAGAACGUAGGAAUAGUUACAGGCAGGCUGUAAACCCUGUGGCUCAAAGUGAUGAAAAACCUAAAGAAGAAAGACUCCUUCCAAACCCAGAAAAAGCAAAACUUAUACCUAAAUAUGAAACAAUUUGGUUUGAGAAUGGAAAGCAUCUGACACGAAGAAGCAAUUCUAGUCCAAAUAGUGAGCACAGUUUACAACAUCAGAUUACUAAAUCCCUGAGCUUUACUGCUGAUGGAAGUGAAACUUAUUCCAGAGGUAAUUCAACAUUUCACGCUCAACUACAGCCACCAAAUCUUGAAGAUCACACCCUUAAUUUAAACAGUAAAAGUAAUAGUAAAGAUGCCUUAUUCAAAGAGAAAUUAGAAGAACUUAACACACUUGUUAACAGUCUUGAACGUCAAAAGCCUGGGAGACUAAGUGCAGCGCUAGGUAUAACUGAAGAGGAUUCUCAGUCCAGAGGGUCAGGAAGUAACAAUAGUACCUUACAAUCAAGGUCUACAACUUCAUCAAAGUCAAGUGACCCACAAGAACCUAUAUAUGCCAAUGCUCCACCCCUAGCACCAUUAUCAAGAUCGUUAUCAAAUAGUAAAGGACAACAGCUUCCUCCUAGAGCCAUAAGAAACUCUGAAUAUGCUGAGGAAGGGACUAGAUCUCCACCAUCUCUUCAUUGCAGUCGCACUGAGGCCAAGAUAGAUAAUGCAGACUGUAAGCCUGGUAGGCAUUCUCCACUUGUUAAUGGAAGCUCUCUUUAUGGUACAAUAGCUACGUCUACUUUUCGUUCUAAACAACAUGGAAGUAAUCCUUCUUCUCCUGCUUUUCAUAAUCAGCUUGACCAGAAUAGUACAGCUAAGCCUCCUUCUCCUUUCCAUAAUGUUGCAAAUACUGCAACCCUACCUGCCAGAGCUUCUAUUGCUACCACUUCUCCUUAUCAUAGUAUACCACCUCCUAAGGGUUUUGGAAGUGGAACUUCUCCAAAUAAUUCUCCAAAUCCUCUUCAAGCUGUACAGCAGCACCGUGAGAGUCGAGAAUCAAUGGCAACAUCUCCAUACUACAAUAUGGCAUCAUUUAGCAGUGGUACUUCAAAUCAUAAACAGCACAGUGCCCUAGGACAAGAAAGCACUCAUGGAGGUCGAUCAGUAGUGAGCCCAUAUUCAAAUUUACCAGCUAAUGCAGCUGUUUUUCGGUCUAAUUCAUCACAUCAUCACCUUCCAAAAGCACACAUAGUUGGUGAUAUUGCAAUUGUUGGGGAGGAAUCAGUUCGCUUGAGACGACCAGGUGUUACUCCAUCUUCACGAACAGAAGUUGGAAGUGGUUAUAGUAGCGGUUCUGAGGGUGCUCCUGUAGCUCCUCCAAGAAUAAAGAGGAACUCUUCAGCUGGUUUACCUAGGCACAGUGCCAUUGAGCCCCCUCCUUCACACUUACAUAAUGAUUGGAGGUGUGCAAACAGUACUUCAGAAAACUAUAGGCAAACAAUGCUAACUGCUAAGCAGAGUUGGACAGUAUGUGAUGAUGAUCUUCCACCUGCCAUACCAGCAAAAACAGCAGCUGCAUAUCAGUACUCAGACCCACCACCAAUUAUGCCACAUAAUUACAUCUCACCUCCUGCUCCACCAUGUCACCACACACCUUAUGUACAACCACCUCCACCUAAACCAGUGUUAUCCAAGUCAGCAUCUUCAGCUCAUCAUCAAACAUGUCAGCAACCUUCACAGAACCCAUUGUCUUCAGCAUCAUCAUCAUCGUCUUCACCUUACCAAUCACCACCAGGCCCAUCACAAAACACAGCACCACGAGAUUCAGCCACAAACCCUAUUCAAUCAGUGCCAGACACAGUACCUAUUCAGAGACCAUCACCAAAUAGCAAUGAGAAUAACGUAAUAUCUAAUGUUACUGCUGUAAAUAAUCAAGAUAAAAAUGAGGAAGCUGUAGUUUUAGAAAGCAGUACUGAUACCUCAGAUGAUGAGGGUAUUUUUCAUAAGUUUACAAAGCCCAACCUUUUCAAAAAAUGGAGGACUAAUGUAAACAAGCAGGUAGUGCCCCAAAUACCAUCAUCUCCUAAAUCUGCCUUUUCUCCUCCAACUCCCAAGGAAGUGAAAGAAGAAAAGGACUUCCGAUCAAAGGAGCAACAAAAAGAAAUUAUAUCAUCAUCAACUUCUCCAAAACCCUUAGUGAAAGCUCUUGGCAAACUAAAAAUUAAUUCAAAGUCAGUUGCUGCUAAUUUUAAGUCUUAUUUGAGUCAACGAGGGGAAAAAUCCGACAAUGAAAGUGGAAACUCCGGAAAUUCUACUAAUGGCCCAGCAGGCAAUAUAACACCAAACUCUCCUACUUCUGGUACUCGGAACAUUCAGAAGAGUGCAAGCUCAGGGUCAAACAUCAAUGUUUUCUCCCAAGUAGUACAAGACUACAAAUACCCAACUCCUAUACCAAAGAAGCCGGCUGGUCCUCGGGACAUGCCAGCAAACAUAAGAGGCUCCACCCCAAGCAACCCACAGGUCAAGGUUAAAACUGGACGUCCCAGACAGCAAUACUUAUAAGAAGUGCCCUAUAACAUUUAUAUAAAAUGAUGUGCUGUAUGUGCCUGAAAUACAUUAAUUUCAGGUCAGUUAUAUUUGUUACACUGUAAUUGCCUAAGGUCAAUGCUCGUUUAAAAUGCAUAUCAUCAUAAUGAAAGUCUAUAUCAAAGCUUUAAGUAAGUAACGUGUCUUGAAGGUGAUCUUGAAGAUUUAUAUAACAGAAGAUAAAAAUAUUUAAGACUACCUUUAUGACAAAUGUUACUCGAUGUCAGACAGGUGGUCUUUAAUGUUUCUGUAGCGAGGUAAAAAAUUAAUUUUAUUUAAAUGAAAAUUUAUUCAGUAUGUAUACCAGGAACUGUAUUUCUCAAAACCAAGAAAACAUUUGCAUUGGCAAACUUCUAAGCACCAAGCAUUUCAAGGCUCUUGAUUUUUAGGACAGACCUGACCAGUAUUUAAUACCUAGCUCAUUAUUUUGCAAUUUCUGUGCAGCAUAUACUGAAAUCCCAUACCCAAAUUAUUUUGACUGAUGAACUAGGCUAUUGAUUUCCUCACAGUUUUGAGUCCCAGAAUUUAUCAAAGUAUCAGGUUCAAGUCCUAGUUCAAGUUCACCAUAUCAGUGAUAAUUUAAUAGGGUAUACAAUACUAUCAGUAUAAUUUAAGGAAAAAAAUCAUUUUAUCACAUACAGUCGUGAUUACUUGUAGUUAGUAAUUAUCGGUAACACCAUACAUAAUUUUGGUGUAUGGGGAAGUUUUAUCAGUGCAUUGUAACUGCAUGCAGGAGGAUAAUGCUAUUGCAGUUCUGUUAUUGCCCUAGCACAGUUGUGUGCAAAUAUUCAGAAACUUAAAGUUUUAUGUCAGUAGUAUUACUACAGUUUGGUGAGCGUUUUUGUACAAUCAUUAUCAUUGCCCUUAAAUACUGUCGUUAUUACCCUUACAAUUUUCCCCACCGAACUAUUGAUAAAUAGUUUUGACAACAUUAUCCAGAAAAUUUUCUUUUAUAAAUGAAAAAUAGAACAACAAAAUUUUAGUGUACAAGUACUUUCAAGCCUCCUUUAAUAAUCCAUAUAAGAAUACAGUAUGCAUGGAGGCGAGUGCUUUUUUUAAUGUCAAAUUUUUCAUAGGUAACUAAGGUGCUCAAGUUUGCUGUGCUACAUAAAAUGAAUUCAGUAACACAUUGGUAAUUUAACCGCAUAGGAAUUUCCUUUGAACUUUUUUUUUUGUUUUGUCCUUGGAUAAAAUGUAAAAAGUCCACUAUCCUUUAUAUAAAAAUGUAAUUAUGUGAUUAUUGCUUAUAGUACUGUAUAAUCGUCAUCAUGAGAGCACUGCCCUGUAAAUAAUGAUUUGUUUAUAUAUUUAAUUCUUUAAAUUUAAGAAUUCUUGACAGUUGUAAAUUCACUUUUUCCACUAUGCAUUGAUGCUUUGAUAUGCAAUUGUCAAUUGUUGGCAAACAAUGUACCUGUGGUCAUUACUGUAUAUGGCAGUUCAUAUAAUUAAGAGACUAUGAAAGGUUCAGUUUGCCAGUACUUGUACAUUGUAUUCAUUAUUCUUUCACUUGCACAUUUUACUAUUUCACAUAUGUUUUUGAUGAAGAUGGUAUGUAAUGAAGACAUCUCUUUCAGCAUCUCUGUAUCACAGAAAAGUCUAAUACUGAGUGAUUCUCAUAAUUGUGUCUGUGCAUUUAGGACAUGUGAACUUCUGUUUUGAUCACUAAAUGUAGCAAAAUUUUGUGCAUUUCUUUUCAUAUCUAGAGAAAAUUGACUACUCGGUACAAGAACAUUUGACUUGUCAUUGUGUUUGUGACAUGGAUCAGCUUGCCAGUACUGUACCAUACAUAUAUUUGCCACAGUGUUCGUUAUUGUUUCAUGGCAGAGUUUUAAGGCACAGAUUGUACGAAAAAUGUUUGGGAUUAAAUGUGAGGCUUUGUCACCCAAAUUCAAGCAUGAAAACAAAGCAAAUAUAAGCAAUGGUUGUUAUUCCCAAAAUGUAAGUCAGUAUUAUUGCUAGUAUCUAAAAGUUAAUGAACUGACAGUAUUAUCAUCUACAUCCUCAACUUGCACUGGAAAUUUAUUGUUUAAACAAACUGUUAUAAAAAAUAUUGCAAUGCGUAGUGCAGGUAUGUAAGUACAUAUAAAUUUUAUAUUAGCGCUUUCUUACUAUAAUGUAAUACAUAUAGGAUAAUUGUUAUUUAAUAUCAGGUUUUGAAUCUUAAAUACAAUUUGAGGUCAAAUGUGCCUUUUGUACAGAUACUAGUAUUUUAAUGACAAAAUCAAUUUUCUCAGAAAAAAGUUGUAAUUAUAAUAUACUUGUGUGAUAUCUCACUGACUACCAUGUAAAUAUAUAAUUGUAAUAAUUAACAAUUGUUGUACAAUUUAUGUUAUAAAGUGCUUUCUUGUGAUA